AUGGGGAUGUCGCAGCCUUUCGCGAUCUGCUCCAUCUGCUCCCUGAUGGGACCGUUAUCCAUGAGGUCAAUGGGUCGGCUCAGGGUGGUCCAUGAAGUCGAUAAGACGACCAGGAGAAGCGAUGAGAAUGUCGCAGCCUUUGGCAGAUCGCUCCAUGUGCUCUUGGUGAGAUGGCCAUCAAGGCUUUGGCACUCUCCUGUUACGGCGACUGGCCGAGCUCACUUGCCUUCUUCUCCUCUCAAGCUCAAGAGUGGGAGUGGGCAGAGCGAGCGAGGCGGCAACAUCGUCAUCGUCAAAGUGGUGGAGAAGGUGUACCUGACCUCUCCACCUGGGGUUGGGGUUGGGAACUGGGGCUGGGGCCGGGUCGUGGGACUCUUUCACAGAACCAUCCACCUCCUGAAUCGCAAAUCUACCAAUUCUGAGGCCAACUUGGUGAAGGCGGGCAGCCAAGCUUCUGUGCUUCUUCUGGCCGAGGAGAAGUCGCCAACGCCGCCAGAGUCGCGGCGAUGGAACUCUCCCCACCAAAUGGAGAGGAGCACGACAACCACCACUGCCGCCAAGCCGAGAGGAUCAACAGUCAAAAAGGCAAACUACAUAGAACCGCAAACGACUACGGAUAAGAGCGAGUCGGCUGUGUCUGUCGACUACGACGCCUUGGACGACUCUCCUACCGGUCAUCUGGCCAAGAAGCAGCGAACCACUCCCUUACCAGCAACUUCCUCAACCCAUCACUCCCUCGGUCGACCACUCCCUCAACCAGCCCCAUUUGGUGAGGUCAAGUAUUACCAGGAUAAAUACGAGGAGAAGAAGACAAGUGAGCCUCAGAAGCCGAACUCAUCCAAAUCACAAGAUAACACCCGAGGUAGCGCACAGAGACCUCGAGUGCAGUCACCGAUUGCGCUCAGGAUGAGCCCAUUGCCAGUCCCGACAACAAGGCCGAUCACGAGGCCAAAUCUAAAGGCGAGCCUCCUGUAUCGACUGACAUCUUCCGUUGCAACUACGGAACUAGCUGCUUCUUUGGCCUACACUCGCGCAACGGUCCCCGUGUACCCCACGAAUAGCAACUCUGACUUUGAGAAGCUCAAAGCCCUGCGCAAGUUCAAGGCAGUCUCUGGGCCCCAUCCCAAACGUGGAAGAUCUCAGCUUUUUCGAGACCUCGCAGCUAUCCGCCCUUUACCGAACGGUCACCAAGGGUCUGGUCAAUAUCUCAAGGCCUUCAGGAACAGGGUAGAACUUUUACCACUCUGUAGAGGCAAUCGAAGUCAUGCUAGCGACUGGAGUCGCCGGAAGCGUCCAGAACACAACACGCUCGGCCGCCCCUCGUCGCCGCUGCUCCACCAAACCAUACCUUGA